AGCAUUUUCAUUGUUAUUUGUGUGGGUAAAGAUGGCCGCUGGAUGUUGUGGGACGAAGAAGCAGAAGCUGAACAAUUCUACGAGUAUAACGUGUAAUGGUACUUCGCUUAUUCCAAAUGGUGUGCGAAAUGGCAUGGUUGCACAUCCAGAAAUGUGCUUCUUCUGUUUUGAUGUAUUAUACUGCCAUCUACAUAGCCUGGAUCCACCAAAAACUCCAAACUUCUGCAACGAUCCAUACCCCCUGUUUGUGACAUGGAAGAUUGGAAAGGACAGGCGGUUGCGAGGCUGUAUAGGCACUUUUAAUGCUAUGAACCUCCACUGUGGAUUGCGCGAGUAUGCGGUUACCAGUGCAUUCAAGGACUCGCGCUUCAGCCCAAUUACUCGUGAUGAGUUCUCCAAGCUGCAUGUGUCAGUGUCAAUACUCCGUCAUUUUGAAGAUGGUUCUGACUACUUGGAUUGGGAAGUGGGUGUGCAUGGGAUUCGGAUAGAAUUCCACAAUGAGAAAGGCAGUAAGCGCACCGCUACCUAUCUUCCCGAAGUGGCACCUGAACAAGGCUGGGACCAGAUCCAGACAAUUGACUCACUGCUGCGGAAAGGUGGCUACAAAGGUUCUGUGACACCUGAUAUUCGUCGCACAAUCAAGCUGACACGGUACCAGAGUGAGAAGAUCUCAGUGAGCUAUCAGGACUACUUGAACCACUGGCGUAACCGGCGAUGCUAGCAGAUACUGUGGGGCCCCCCUGGCCCCGGCAGCGGCACUAUGGUGUGGAGUGCACCACACCCAACUCUGCCCCUGCAUCACCCACCUCCCACACUGGUGCUACCACCACCCCCUGUGCUGCAUCAGUCUUUCCCUGCACCAUCAACUUCAUAUGUGCCACAGUCUUAUGUGGUUCCACCCUUGCACCCUCUCCCAUCACCUGCAUCGGUGGUACACUGGUGGGACCAAGCAGCGCCUGGGCCCUCAACUUUGUACCACAUCCCUCCCUGUCCAGGCAGUCAAGACACUUCCAGCUUCCCUUCUCACUACUCCCACCACCAAGUCAGGAAGCGAAAGUGAUGGGCACUCAUUCUGAAACACCACAUACUGAAACUACCUGUGUCUCGUAUUCUUAACAGUUAUUGGUUCUGUUCAGUAUAAAAGCCUCUGUAUUAUGGUAGGUAUCCUAUUCAGUUCAGUUAUUAUGUUCAGAAAUUUUCCUAACAUACCACAGGAUAUCCGGCAUAUUCCACAUGAAUAAUUUGUCAUCCAGUGAAAAUCGUAAAGAACUGAGGAGUGAUGAUCUCACAGAGUGAUUAUUUCCUAAUGUACUUGCACUAACAAACAAUGGUAACCAUGAAAGUCAUGGAGUGCAUUAUGACAUUCAUCAACAACAAUGAGUUUCCUCUAUUUGAGAUGUUUCUCAUGCAACCCUUAACAUUACCAUUACAGAAUGUUCAUCCAGAGUUGCAGAACUCGUUUGGUAUUUCCAAGAGAACAUAACUAUAAUUACAGCAUUCAAUACGUGUGAUUUUUUUUUUGUUCAUUAACAGCUGUAUAAAAGCGGCCUUAGUAAUAUAAUCAUUGAAUCAACUAACAUAGUUCAUGAAACUGCAUUGGGUACUUCAUCAUACUUUUCUAUCUGGGAUUGAAGCAUGAGAAGUGGUAGAGCAUGGUAUUGUUUGUGGUAUUAUGUGUGUGGGAUUAACAGACAUGGUGUUUUGUGAGAAGAUCAGUUUAACAUUGUUUGAAAACCCCAGAUUCACUGCCAUUAAUUCAUUAUAGAACUUGAACUUGCAGGUCGGAAGCUACCAAUCGCUUAGUAAAACAAUGUAUUCAAAAAUCGCGCGUGAAGGAAGUAUUGAAAUGGAAAGUUUCUUUGCAGAAUUGUUCCUCAAGAUCUCACCAGUGAUUAGAAAAUUAAGUUUCUUAAAUCUGAAUGGGGAAAAAAAUCUUUUUGAAGCUUCUUUGAGUUUUGAAUAGUUGUAAUCAUUUAUGCUAGUAAUUAGCUAUACAUAAAGGCAUUCAUGGAGCUUUAAGUGCAGUCGGGCUGUUCAGCAAGUGAGUAAUUGAAACAAAGAAGAGGAAUACAGAAACUUAAAAUGAUGUGAAUGAAAUUGAACAGCAUUAUCAAGAUAUGGAAAACUUCUCAAGUCCCGAGCCAAUCCAUUUUUAAAACAAUAUAUCGUAAAAGAGAAUAAUACACUUUGCACGUCUUUCAGUCACAUGACUUGCUCAGGAAUAGGGGCUGUUCCAUCGCCAUCUGUACCGUCAUCAUUUGUGACUGACAUUUUGUGGACUCUUCAUUGCUUGGAUGGGUCAGGGAUGCUUUACUUGCAGAUAUUCAACAGAGGUGGUGUAGAGGUUAUAUUUGCAAAGCAGUAAAUGGUUUUGUUAUGAAACCAUUUCCAUGCAGAUGGGGCUGUGUUUAGUGAAGUGUUGAUUGCACUGCUAAUAAGGGAAUUGAGGCUGCCUCCAACUGCUUAGUUUUAUCCUUGUAUAAUAAGGUUUCUUUUGACAUGCCAUCUUUGUUGAAUACAGCUGAGCCUCUCAGAUUUCAUGUUUUUACCAUUUCUUUCUGGCCUCUUAUGUCUGUUCUUAACAUGGGGAAUUUUACAUUUUUUCCUUUACUUUCUCGAGCUUCAUUCUUAAGGUGGGAUAAUAACAUUGCCAGCAGUUAAAAUUGGCUUGGAGAUGUAUAGUUUUACCAGAGAAUGGUGGUCUGUUCAAGUGGCUAUGUUAUUUCAUUUUUAAGCAUCCUGUGGCCCAUGUUUUUGAGUGAAAGAGUUCACAUGUGAACAUCAUCCAUUUUCUGUUUCUUAAUGCUACCUACUUUGUUUGCACAAUUAUAAAUAACUGGCAACUUAUAAGUAGAAGUUAGAUAACAAUAUAAUCACUCUUCAAACGGUGUUCACUAACUUUGGCUGUCUUCUGUAUCUGGCUUUUUUGAUAGCGAGUUAACCCAUAAUCAAUUUAUGUGGGGAUGGCAAACAUAUAUUUGACAUCAAAGCAACUUCAAAUGUAGUACAGAAACUUCACUGAUGCAGUGUUCAAGUAACUGAUUAAUCAAAGAACUGUGAAUGACAAUGGCCAUAUGUUCUUGUUUAGUUUCUAGCAUUGGUUGAAAUAUAUUGAUACUAAUGCAAGUGAGGUGUUUUUUAGAAUGGAAUACUUAAUAUAUACGAGGGUCGUACUGAAAGUCAUGAGCAACAAUUUUUUGUAAAGUAACAUGCGUUAUUAUUGACAAACCAAAUACACCACAUCAAUCUACAGACCUACCUUUAUUUUUCCACGUAAUCAUCACUUCUUUGUACACAUUUCUCCCUGCGUUCUGCGAGUUUGAAAAUUCCCCUUCUGUAAAAUUCUGU